AUGGAGUCGCCAGCUCCCUCGGUCGAUCCUAGAGACAUCGAAAUACCCAAAGGAUGGAAAUACAAAAGCUCCAAAAUUGGACCUAUCAGACUUCCUUGGUAUGCCUCACCUGAGUCGCAGCUGCUGUUGGUGUCGUUCGUGUGCUUCCUGUGUCCGGGCAUGUUUAAUGCUUUGAAUGGUCUUGGUGGUGCAGGACAGCUCAGCAAAAACGUUUAUGCUAGUGAUGCCUCAAACUCCGCGCUCUACGCUGCUUUUGCUGUUGUCGGUUUCUUCGCGGGCACUGUUGUAAACGCUGCCGGCAUCAGAGUCUCCCUCUCAUUUGGUGGCCUAGGAUACUGUGUUUAUGUCAGCUCAUAUUUAUGCUACAACCACACCAAAAACCUUGGGUAUGUUGUCUUCGCUGGCUUACUGCUUGGAUGCUGCGCCGGUGUUCUCUGGUCCGCGCAAGGGGCAAUUAUGAUGUCGUAUCCACCAGAGAGACUCAAAGGCCGUUUCAUCUCCUGGUUCUGGAUCAUCUUUAACAUGGGCGCUGUCAUCGGCAGUCUUGUUGAACUUGGUCUGAACAUUCACAAGCAAGACAACAGCACGGUUAGCGAUGGCACCUAUAUCGGCUUCUUGGUUCUCACAUUCCUCGGGGCCUGCCUCUCUUGGACAUUGGUCGAUGCUAAGCAUGUGGUGCGUCGUGAUGGCUCGAGAAUAAUACUAAUGCGGCACCCAACGUGGAAAUCGGAGAUUUUUGGUUUGUGGGAAACAUUGAUAACAGACCCCUACAUCAUCCUUCUCUUUCCAAUGUUCUUCGCCUCUAAUUGGUUUUAUACAUACCAAUUUCAAGACGUCAAUCUUGUUCAGUUCAAUACGCGGACCCGUGCCCUCAAUAGCACUCUCUACUGGUUAGCUCAGAUGUUUGGGGCUCUCAUGUUUGGCUUUGGGCUUGACCUUCCUAACAUCCGAAGGACUACCCGAGCAAAGGCUGCUUGGGUCAUCAUGCUUGUUCUCACCUUCGCAGUCUGGGGCGGGGGAUAUGUUUUCCAGAGAAGGUACACGCGUAAGGACACAGCCGCAGAUGAUCAUUUCCUGUACGACUGGAAUUCGACCGGCUAUGUCGGACCGAUGUUCUUGUACAUCUUUUAUGGCUUCUAUGAUGCAGCAUGGCAGACUUGUGUGUAUUGGUUUAUGGGUGCCAUCACCAACAACAGUCGCCGGCUGGCCAAUUAUGCUGGAUUUUACAAAGGCAUCCAAUCAGCAGGCGCAGCAAUAAUCUGGCGUUUGGACGGCUUGCAUAAGCCUCCGCCAUAUAUGAAUCUGUUCGCGUCAUGCUGGAUUCUUCUUGCCGGCAGCUUGAUCGUUGCGCUCCCAGUCAUGCUUCUGAAAAUCAAGGACACGGUGCCGAUUGAAGAGGACCUCAAAUUCACCGACGAGACUAUCGAGGACGUUAUCGGUCACAAAGCUACUUAUCGUCCUUUGAAGCAAGAGAAAGUUUGA